CCCACAUUUCCCUACGUUUCCUUUCAAUUAGUUAAAAACUUCGCUGUGCACCUGUGGAUUUCAUCCAAAUGGCAGAGAAAUGGCAGCAGCAGUGUGCCGUCGAGUUGGACCUGUAUCAGCUUUACUGCUCGGUAUGUCUGGACCUACUCAAAGAUCCCGUCACCAUCCAGUGUGGACACACUUACUGCAGAAUCUGCAUCGAGGGGUUCUGGGAGCAGGAAAAUGAAAAGGGAACGUACAGCUGUCCUCAGUGUAGGGAGACCUUCAGUCCAAGGCCUGUCCUCGGGAGGAACACCAUGCUGGCUGAGGUUGUAGAGAAGCUGAAGAGGACAGUAACCCAACAGGCCCGUCCAGCUUCUCCUCUCGCUCCUGCAGGACCAACAGACAUUGCCUGUGAUUUCUGUUGUGGGACCAAAAGAAACAAAGCCAGCAUGUCUUGCCUGACCUGCUUGGCAUCGUACUGUCCUGCUCAUCUUGAGCCUCACCACAGUUUUCCUGUGCUGAAGCUUCACCAGCUGGUGUCUGCUACAGUGCCACUUAAGGAAAAAAUGUGCACAAAGCACAACAAGCUGAUGGAGGUUUACUGUAAGACUGAUCAAAGAUGUAUCUGCUAUUUGUGCACCAUGGACGAUCACUGGCGCCACUCAACAGUGUCAGCUGCAGCAGAAAGAGCUGCUGAGCAGGGACGGCUUUUUCUGAGUCACUGUGCAGUUAAGCGGAAAUCCCAGGAGAGACAAAAAGAGCUGAAUGAGCUGGUCCAAGCUGUGAAGGACUUCAAGAUUUGUUUUCAGACUGCAAUGAAGUCCAAAGACAAGCUCUUUGAUGAGCUGAUCUCUUCCAUACAAAAGCAACGUACUUUAAUAAAGCAGCUGAUUGAGGCUCAAGAGAAACUUGCAGUUGUUCGGGCAGAAGCUCUGCAGCUGCAGCUGGAGGAGGAAAUCGCCAGGCUGAAGAAAAGAGAUGCUGACCUGGAACAGCUUUCUCAUACAGAAGAUCACAUUCAUUUCAUUCAGCUCUUCCAGUCUCUCUCCAUCUCAUGUGAAUCUCCAGACUUGCCAACAGGCGCUGUUGUUCGUCCUAAACAUUCAGUGGAAACCGUGACCGAAUGUCUGACUCAGCUGAGAGAUGACAUGAAGAAGCUUCUGGAGACCACAUGGCCCAAGAUCUCUGCAACAGUUUUUGGUAUAAAAGUUGUGCUGCCACCUGUGCCAAAGACCAGAGAAGAGUUUUUGUGCUAUCACUGUCCUCUAACAGUGGAUCCCAACUCGGUCAACAAAUACUUGGACCUUUCACAAGAUUCUCAACGAGUGACGAGUGGCUACUAUGAGCAUUUUCAUUUAUCUCACUCGGACAGGUUUGGAGGUGUGAAGCAGGUGCUGUGCAGAGAGGGUUUAACAGGGCGGUGCUAUUGGGAGGUCAGUUGGAGUGGUGGCGCCUGGUCGGUGGCAGCGUCUUACAAAAACAUCAGCCGGACAUCAUUCGACUCGGAAUUUGGGAAGAAUGACAAGUCCUGGUGUUUGGAGUGCUCUGCAAAAGGAUAUACUUUCAGACAUAACUUAGUAGCCAAGGCGGUGUCAGGUCCUCGUACCUCUCAGAUUGGCGUGUACCUGGAUUACAGGUCAGGUACUCUGUCGUUUUACAGCAUCUCUGACACCAUGACUCUGCUUCACAAAGUGUGCACAGUAUUCACUCAGCCUCUCUAUCCUGGCCUUGGGCUGAAGGAAGGAAGCUCUGGCUGUUAUGCAGAAGUGAAGAAGUUGUGAUGCCAACUUUUUCACCUCUACCAUGGUGAUUAAUGUCUUUCAAGACCUAAAAUAAGCAGUGAAGAAACCUGUGAGUGACUCGAAUGACUCGCACUGUUUGGAUGUUGAAAGGCGUGACUCUAGUUGCUCUAUCGUCACCAGGCAGGUGUAGAGUUGUGGUUCUAGAUUAGAACGUUGGAGAAAUAAAAUCACUGCUAA